AUGUCGAACGAACAACCAAAAAAGAGGAAGACAAACUUGAUCAGUUCAUACUUUACAAAGCCUAAUCGUGGUGAUGCUACUGCUAGUGAUGCCCCAACCCCAAGCUCUCCAUUGAUUCCUAUUGAGAUUCAAAGCAGUGGUAUUGAUUCAUUGAAUAAUACCAAUGCUAUUGAACGUGACCCGGGAAAACGCUGUCCUAUAUGGAAAUAUCCAGUUAAUGAACGUGAUUCGAUCAGAAGAGCAUAUAGUCUGUUGGGUCCAAUGCAACCUGAAUGUGAGUUUCCCUUCUCUCAAUACGGUGAUCAACAACGUAAGUUUCAGUUUUCUUGGUUUAAAGAUAAUCCAUGGCUUGAGUAUUCAGAGGCUAAGAAUAGGGCAUAUUGUUUCCCCUGUUUUCUUUUUGAUAUUGAAACUUCUCAUAACAAAGCAUUCACUGUUGAGGGGUUUACAAAUUGGAAGAGGACUGUGCCUAGUGAUAAUGCUUUUUUGAAUCAUGUAGGAGGCAUUACAUCACCACAUAAUGGUGCAAUGCAAAAGUGGGAUUCAUUACGAAACCCAUCUAGCCAAAUUGAGACAAUUUUUAGUUCAAAAUCAGCAAAGGAUGUGGAGGAUAACCGAUUAAGACUCAUAGCUUCUAUAGAGGGUGUUAGAUACCUAGCUAACCAAGGAAUUGCCUUUAGAGGCCAUGAUGAGUCUGAAGAUUCAUUGAACCAAGGACCGUUUAGGCAACUUAUCAAAUCAUUUGGAAGAGUUAAUGCCGAGAUCAAAAGAGUUACAUUAGGAAAUGCUCCCGGAAAUGCCAAAUAUAUUAGUCCAUCUAUUUUAAAGGAGAUUCUUAAUAUUCUUGGUAACCAAUGA